AUGCAUAGGAGCACAGUACAGUUUUUGCUCUGUGUCCCUCUUGUGGUGUGGGGUUAUGAAGCACCAGAGGACCAAGAGGACGUCUUUGCCCGAACUGCGUGUCCUGCCUUCCUCACCUUCACGAACACUGCCUAUGUCUCAGGAGCCACCGUGGAGCUGCCCUGCCUCUGCAAACCUCCAGAAGUGCUGUCAGUGGUGUGGUUCUACAGAAAACACUUGUCCAGCUCCGAGCAGACCCAGGCACUCUUUGAUGACCAUGGACUGCAGGUAGUGGAUCCUGAGUCGCUCCCUCACAGCUCGGACCUGCGCAGCCGCUUCUCCAUCCGCCUGUUCAGCCUGCUCGUGUUCAGGAGCAGCCCCGCCCACUCUGGAGUGUACAUCUGUGGCUCUGAGCACAGGGACUUCUUCUACGCAUAUGACCUGGAUAUACAAGAGGCACGCCGGAUCACCUUUACUGACAGGUUAGGAAAGAAGGAGACAUUAGAGGAGACGAGGAGACAGUCCAACUCCGCCCCUUUGUAUCGAACCUUCACCAGUUUCCAGGCCUGGUCUGUGUGCGAUCGCUGUGGACGUCCCGGGGAGCAGGUCCGAGUGGGGCUCUGCUAUGUGCACUCCCUCUACCUGCACGUGCGGUACCGGAGGGCCAAUCAGACUGUCGCCCCCUGUGGCUCGGGGGCGGUACUAAGGGUGUUUGGACCAAUCAACAAUGAGGGUGCGGUGCUAGAGGUCAGAGACUGUGAGGAGCUCUGUCCACCACAAGCUCCUCCUCCAUCCAAAGUGACGUCUCUCAUGGCUUUCCUUGGAUAUGGGUCUGCCUCCAAACCUCUAGGGGUCAAAGUUUAUUACCUGACCCACCAGGCAGACACCACCCUGAUCAUUGGGUGUCCUGGAGCCAAACCCAACAUGGCCGUGGCCUGGGACAGAGAGGACACUCCUAUCCUCAGAAGAGGGCACACAGCGCCCCCUGGAGGAGAAGCCCCCCGGAUCAGUAUAGACACGGGACACAAUCUAGUCUUCAACCUGGCACAAGUGCAAGACUCAGGGGUGUACUACUGCUGGCUCCAGGGACGACGAACAGCUCAGAUCCGCUUGAUAGUGCAUUUUCGUUUGGGACAGGGCCAGUCUGUAUUGUCCCAUCCGCACUUCUACCCCGCUCUCUGGAUGGUGGUCAUGUGGUACGCUGGGAUGAGCGCUGUGUUUUUGCUAUUUCUGCUCACCAAGGCUGUGGUCCAGACUGUCACAGAGGCCCACGAGACACACCAGGACUAG